CCCGGAGGGAGUGAGGUGAAGAGAAGUGAAGGGAAGUGAAAGGAAGUGAAGUGGACUGGACUGCCGGCCGGUGGCGGCAGCGGCUCACAAGGCAGGAGUCGGGGGGAAGAGCGGCUGUUGCUCCUCAAACACCCGGCAGGACGACGACACCUCCACACCAGGGGAGGUCGUGACUGCCCGAGGCGGAGCUCCGCGGUCUGGCCAUGGCAGGACUUGGAAGUGACAUGCAGUGGUCUUUCUCUCAGGUGAAAGGAGCUAUUGAUGAUGACGUUGCUGAAGCUGACAUUAUAUCCACAGUUGAGUUUAACCACACAGGGGAGUUCCUGGCCACUGGAGACAAGGGUGGGCGUGUGGUCAUUUUCCAGCAGGAAAUAGAGAAUAAGAAUCACCCUCAAUUACGGAGCGAGUACAGUGUUUACAGCACCUUCCAGAGCCAUGAGCCUGAGUUUGACUACUUGAAGAGUUUGGAAAUUGAAGAGAAGAUUAACAAAAUUCGCUGGCUUCCUCAGAAGAAUGCCGCUCAGUUCCUGUUGUCAACUAAUGAUAAGACUAUUAAAUUGUGGAAAAUCAGUGAACGAGACAGGAGACCGGAGGGAUAUAAUCUCAAAGAAGAGGAUGGACGAGACAAAGAUCGCAACACUGUCACUUCACUGCGGGUACCAGUUUUAAUACCUAUGGACCUCAUGGUGGAAGCCAGUCCUCGGAGGGUGUUCGCCAAUGCUCACACUUACCAUGUCAACUCCAUCUCAGUCAACAGUGACAAUGAAACGUACCUGUCUGCAGAUGAUCUAAGGAUCAACCUCUGGAACCUUGAGAUCACUGACCGCAGUUUCAAUAUUGUUGAUAUCAAACCGGCCAACAUGGAAGAGCUAACGGAGGUGAUCACAGCAGCAGAGUUUCAUCCUCUCCAGUGUAACACGUUCGUCUACAGCAGCAGCAAAGGAACAAUUCGUCUGUGUGAUAUGAGAACUUCAGCACUAUGCGACCAGCACUCCAAGUUAUUCGAGGAGCCAGAGGAUCCUAGUAACCGCUCCUUCUUCUCUGAGAUUAUAUCAUCAAUCUCGGAUGUGAAAUUUAGCCACAAUGGACGCUACAUAAUGACCAGAGACUACUUGUCUGUGAAGAUUUGGGACCUGAACAUGGAAAACAGGCCAGUGGAGACCUAUCAGGUUCAUGAUUACCUGAGGAACAAGCUGUGCUCGCUCUACGAGAACGACUGCAUCUUUGAUAAAUUUGAAUGUUGCUGGAAUGGCAACGACAGUGUGGUACUGACCGGCUCAUACAACAACUUCUUCCGGUUGUUUGAACGUGGCCAGAAGGGGGACGUUAUGCUAGAAGCAUCCCGCGAAAACAGCAAGCCCAUGCAGAUCCUAAAGCCCCGCAAGGUGUGUGUGGGCGGCAAGCGCAAGAAGGAUGAAUUCACCGUGGAUAGUUUGGACUUAAACAAGAAAAUCCUUCACAGUGCCUGGCAUCCCCAGGACAAAAUCAUCGCAGUGGCGACGACAAACAACAUCUAUAUAUUUGAGGAUCAAAUAAACUAACAACUGAGUGGGUUCAUGUGAAAUCAGGCGCAGGAGUUUUCACCUGUACCAUUUGCAGCUUCACCCAGAGGGAUCUGUGGCGAUGCUGACAUCCUGCAUCCCUGUCCGUUGCUACUGGGUCACCAGACUUUGCCACUUUGUUCUACAUGUGGACGGAGGAAUACUCCCUUGCCCAUGAUUAGUCAGUCUGGAGCAGAGAUUCGUCUGCCUUGUCGUUCAAGUGAUGUGCCAACUUUUUCCUUGUCUUUUCAUGUUUGUUUUUUGUUUUUAUUUUUGCUUUCCCACAUACCCUUUACUUUUCUAAUGUGUGUAAAACUAGUCUGAAAUUAAACAGACAUUUAUUUUUAUAACCCCCUACCAAAUUGCUCUGUAAUACAAAAUAAAGACUUAUUGUCCUGUACUGUUGAAGUGUUUAUUUUUCUAAGAAGACUGACCUUUUUUGUGUGUUUUAGUCACUCAUCCAUUAUACAGUCUGUUCUAUUGAAGUUCUUAUCGCCCUUGGUUAUCCAAACAGUUUUUGACAUUCACACAUCAAUGCGAAGCCGCCUUUUUUUUCCCCUCUUUUUUUAAGCACAAGUUACCUGUUCAUACUGGACAGCCACGCCUCAACAGUACCUCCAAGAUUUUUUAUGAAGGUUUUCACAGCUUUUGACUUAAUGAGUUCUGUUCAUGCUCUGGUGUUGCCCAACCUGGCCCAAAUUAUGGAAGAAGAGCUGUUUUGUUGUUUUUCUUUUCUUUUCUUUCUUCUUUGAGAUUGACUGUUUUGUCAUUUGUGUGUUGGCUCCUUUCUGCCUUUGGUUUGAUGUUCAAUAAUAGUCUGACAUGAGAGAUUACUUAUACAAAGAUUAUUAUGAUUGUCAUGUUUAUAUUUAAGGUGUUUAACCAUCACCAGAGAUGUUCCGUCCUAUUUUGUGCAAUAAACGGGUUGUAAGGAUAUCCUUUGUGAUCAGUGAUCUUAAGUAUUUUCUUCCCAUGGUGCACCAUAACUCCCGAGCAGUACUUUAACAGCAGGGAAAACUGAAUUUAACACUGAACUCACUCCACCAAAGUACAUGGAUGUCUGUAUAAGGCUGCAAUUAUUUUUUUUUAAAAAGAGGGGGGGAUUAUUUGAGGCAUUAAGGCAAUCGAAGCAUCUGUUUCAACUACUUGCUUGAUGUGAUGGUACAAUAAAGCUGCACAACCAUCUGCAGC